CGCGAUCCAGCAUGGCGACGGCGAUCAGCGAUCAGGAGUGCGUCGUAGACGAAGCGUUGCGCGCUGUAGCCCUCGCAGAUCCAGCGACGGUGGAGCCUCAGAAGGAGCGCGAGAUCGACGAGGUCAUGGAGUUCCUCAAAUUUAGCGUCAAGUCCAGCACGAGCUUCGGCGGCACGAUCUUGUUUAAAUUUAAGGACGCGGGCGACGCUGAGCCCAAGACCACGUACGCUGUGGAGAUAAACGAUACGCGUCAAGUGGCUACGCGUAAGAAUGCGAGCGCUGGCGAUGUGCGUCCCACGUGCGAGGUGACAAUCUCCAUGGACGAUUUUCUAUGGAUCUACUCGGGCAAAGCCACCAGUUCCGAUAUGGCCAAGCUCUUCUACGCCGGUCGUGUAUCUAUCAGCGGUUACGCCUUCCGCACAGUCUCCAAGUUUGCGCAGAGCUUUGAUUUCUCGUCUGAAAAGUGGCGCAGCUUCUACGCAUGGCGGAGAGCGCAGGACGAGAAGAACGACAGCAGCCGGUCACCCAGCGCACUGGAGGAGGCCAGGAAUGUCGGAUCUCCUUCACGGGACUACUGGUUCUUCCACGCACGAACCAUAUUGGACAGCUACAACGUCACCAGACUGCAGCGUCUACUUUGGCAGACGUCGCUGGCCAGUCUUUUCGGAGGGAAGAUCGUCUUGGAGAGCGUGCGUAGUACAACCGCGCGGGACAGGAAAGUCGCGUCUGGCAGGUUCAGCGUCGUUGCGAGUGUCGUAGGAAACGCUGGCCCCGUGUCGGCGGUCUUGAAGCGGCGUGUAACAGCAACUAUUGCGCCAGGUCAGCUUUACAACGAACGCGAACUGCGCGCCCAGUUGGAGAAGUAUCUGCGUCCCUGCACAAAGCAAUCGGCUGCUGUCGUCGAGUCGUUCGCGGUGGGCAACCCCAAGCAGACAGCUAACGUCUUGUUUGACUUUUUCAGUGAGGAUUAUGUCGAGGCUGUCAAGCUCAGCGCCAAGGAACGUCUGCAACGUCGUCACCACCGCAACCGUGUUGAUCUGGGUGAUGCAGGCAUGGAACAGCUGGAUAAACUAGUCAAGGUGAUUGGCAAAGGUGGCCACUCGAACUUGAAGCGCGACAACCGCUCCAAGUACGUCCCAGCCCCCGAGUUGCUGUUGCGUGAGUUCCGUGUGAACGUGACUGUUCUCAUGGAUACUUUGAAAGAGAAGGCAUCGGGUCGCAAGGCGUUGCACAAGAUUCCCGCGCCAGAAAUUGAUUGGUUGGUGCGCAACGGGCGCUCUGGUAGUAUGAGUAUCAUCGUGGAAGUGAAUCGUGCUAAGAUCGCUCGCAACCGGAAGCGCUUCGAUGUGCCCAAGCAGCGCAUUAAGGCCAAGUUCGAGUCGAUUUCGCGUGAGCUGGCCAACCAGAGGAACCCAGUGGUGUCGCACUUUGAUGAGCACUUGGUAUUCUCCGACUACCUAUAG